AGAAAACUGAAACCGAAACCCUAAACCUAAUCCUUCAUUUUUAGAGAGAGAGAGAGAGUGUGUGUGUGAGAGAGAGAAGAGAAGAUGAAGUUCAAUCCAAGGGUUUCCAGCAGCCGCCGCAAGAGCCGUAAAGCUCACUUCACCGCCCCAUCAAGCGUCCGCCGUGUCCUAAUGAGCGCCCCUCUCUCCGGCGACCUCCGAUCCAAAUACAACGUCCGCUCCUUACCUGUUCGCAAGGACGACGAGGUUCAGGUGGUUAGAGGAACAUUCAAAGGCCGUGAAGGUAAGAUCGUUCAGGUUUAUCGCAAGAAGUGGGUGAUUCACAUCGAGCGCAUAACUCGUGAGAAAGUUAACGGUUCAACUGUUAACGUUGGGUUGGAUCCUUCGAAGGUGGUUAUCACGAAACUCCGUUUGGAUAAGGAUCGGAAGAGUUUGAUUGAUAGGAAGGCGAAGGGGCGCGCUGCUGCUGAUAAGGAAAAGGGAACUAAGUUUGCUCCUGAAGAUAUCAUGCAGACUAUUGAUUAGGGUUUUGGUUUUUUUUGUUGGUUUUGUUAUAACUAGUUUUGGUUUUUGUUAUUGGAUCUGAAUGAAUGAAACGACUGAGUAUUUUGUGGCUGUUAAGUUUUGUUUUUUAUUUAGUGAAUGAAAUUAUGUGUUUUGCAUUA